GAAUUUUAUCUAGUUGGGACGCGUGUUAUACAACCUAAUUUGUAAGGUGUACCUAGGAGCUGAUUAUUAUAAUUGAUGAAUAUGCAAACUAAAGGCUGCAGGAAGUGUGCAGUAUCCAGAAAGUCAUCCCUUGUGUUAGAUUUUAGAUGACUUGAUGUAGUAGGGACGAAGGCUGCUUCAAGAAAAGCCUUAUAUUAUUCAACAUUAAACCAAACUCCAAAACUUGCAAAUUUUACUAUUCUUCUGUCCAAAUACUCAAAAUCUUAUUAACUUGUUUAUUCUUAUCAUUGCUUCUGAAUCAUAUUCAUCCCUUUGUGUAAUUACCAAUCUUGUACAGUAAAUUCUUGUUGGGUUUCAAAUAUCAAUGCUGCAUCUCCUCAAAAAACAAGCCUUUUAGCUUUCGAGUUGAUUUGUGAUUGUUUGAUGAUGAGCAAGGAAGAACAGCAUCAGCAACUGGAGUAUCCACAGUAUCAUUUUGGUGCUCCGAAUUCUCUCUCGUCCAGCUCCAGCUCCAGCUUGAAUAGCAGCUCACACAAUAAUGAUGAGGAUGAUGACACAGAGGAUGAUCAUGCUAUUGCCAAGAUUUUGGCUGCGGAUGAGACUUCAGUGAAUGGGCCGCAUACGCUUGGCAGGAGACUUUCACACUUGGACUCGAUUCCUCACACUCCCAGGGUUAUCACUGAAAUUCCUGAUGCCAAUGAUGCAACAUUUGACCAUGAGAGGCUUUCUGAGAGGUUGGCAACUUAUGGUUUGGCUGAAUUGCAAAUUGAGGGUGAUGGGAAUUGCCAGUUUCGAGCACUUGCUGACCAGUUAUUUCGGAACCCAGAUUAUCAUAAGUAUGUGAGAAAGAAGGUGGUCAAGCAGCUAAAACGUUUCAGGAAGUUGUAUGAAAGUUAUGUCCCCAUGCGGUACAAAGAUUAUCUGAAGAAAAUGAAGAAAUUGGGAGAGUGGGGAGAUCAUGUCACCUUACAAGCCGCUGCAGACCAGUUUGAAGCAAAGAUUUGUUUGGUCACCUCUUUCCGUGAUUCUGGCUAUAUCGAGAUCCUUCCUAAGGACAAGCAUCCUUCCAGAGAGAUAUGGCUAAGCUUUUGGAGCGAAGUACACUACAACUCCUUAUAUGAAACUGGAGGAGUACCAAGUCGAGCGCCGCGAAAGAGGCACUGGCUUUUCUAGAGUCUGCGACAUAGCAGUUUGUACAUUUCACUAACAAUGUAUAUUUAUUACGCACUGCUUCAAAUGAUUAAAUAGUUGGGCUACAUUUACAAAUUGGUGCCUUGUAUGUGUACAGAACGACCGUGUGAAAUGCUGGAUGAUAUCUGGUCAUCUCAUAUAAAUGAAAUCACUGGAUAAAGUUGCACUCUUUACUCAAAUCUGCACAUAAUCAAGUUUUGCCUUCCAUGUAAAGGUUGAAUAGUUUAUUUUGUGCUUGACUUUGCAUGCAUUUCAAAUCCCUUUUCCAAGUUUGAGAUGGAAAAAUUGUAUUUCUUCGUAAAGGCUAGAACUAAAAUGAUUUUAGCGACUGGUUAAAUAACGAUUGGAAUUGUUCCAUUUAUUCAUCUUUUUUUUUUUGCAUAG